CUUUGCCUGUCCAGAUGGACGAACAGAACCAAAAAAAAAUCUCUAUAGUCUGUGUAUAUAUUUGAGAUUGUAAAUAAACAAACCAAGGCAUCAGGGCAAAAGUUCAGUAAUAAAGUAAAGUAGCUAAGUACUAAAAACCUAUUUACUUUAUAUAUUACGGAAGUAAAACUAUCAUUGCAUUACUAAUUUUACUCUAUGAAUUUUAAUAGAAAUUAUGUUAUGAAAUAAUAACCUCAACAUUAGCAAAUAUAAUUAUAACUUAUCUUAAUUUACUAAUGGCCUAUUAAUUUCCACGUUGCUCUUUCGUAAGCAAGACAAUGCCUACCUUUUUAGUGCCUAUCACUAAAUUUCGACUAAAAACACCACAAUUAUUAAUGCAAAAAUUUUGCUCCACACUACCAAAUCAUUCUGAGAAAAUAGUAGGAAAAGUUGUUAAUGCUGCUUUUAUUGGAGCUCCUAACUCUGGCAAAAGUACUUUAAUAAACAAAAUUCUCGGACGAAAGGUGUGUGCAACGUCAAACAAGGUACACACAACAACCAGACUCGCCAGGGCUAUUUGUUAUGAGAAUGAUACCCAAAUAAUAUUCUUGGAUACACCAGGAGUAGUAACUGUUAAAGAACAGAAUAGGUAUAAACUUCCAGCAUCUAUGAAGGAAGCUUGUAAGAAAAGUUUAAAUUGUGCUGAUGUUAUAGGUGUUGUCCAUGAUGUCUCAAAUAAGUUCACAAAGGAUAAAAUACACCCGACUGUCACUGAAAUGCUUAACAUGGCAACCACUAUACCUAGCUUUUUAAUAAUUAAUAAGGUUGAUAUGUUGAAGUCCAAGAAACAACUCUUAGACAUCAUAACCAGUUUAACUAAUGGUGUGAUUGCCGGAAAUCCUGUACCACACUCAGAAAAACCAAAAACUAGAAUUGGUGAAGCAGGCUACAGCAAGUUUUCUGAUGUAUUUUUAGUGUCAGCACUUACUGGAGAUGGCGUCCAAGAUAUCAAGAAUUAUCUUAUCAGAAAUUCGAAGCUACGUAAACUUCAAUAUUCACCAGAUGACUGGACAGACUGUACAACUGAGUCUCUCAUAGAGGAAGCAGUACGGGCGAAAUUUUUAGAUUUUCUUUCCCAAGAGAUACCAUAUCAGUUAGAAAUUCAAUUGGAGUAUUAUCAUGAAGAUGAACCAGGAGAGAAAGUAAUGUGCUCUGUGGCUGUUGCGUGUCCAUCUGAAAGACUUCAAAGGCUCAUUGCUGGAGCGGGAGGAGGUCGUCUCAAUCAAAUUAAAUCCUCAGUACAAAUUGACCUAAUUAAUAUGUUAAACAGACAUGUGUCAAUAGAUAUUAAUUUAACCGUCAAGAAAAAUUCUGCAUAAAAUAUGAUUUGUUAAUGUUUUUUUAAGCUAUUGCAUAGCUUCUAUCGCGGGCCUUGAGCGUGGGGACCGAAUCCAGAAAUUCCGUAACGAAAAUAGCCUAACACUUACUUACUAGAUGUAUAUAGAUAUUUCGGCACGCUUUUUACAGUUGCCGUAGAACAGCGGUUAUCACAUAUGCUCGUUGUGCAGAAGGCCCCAGGUUCGAGCCUUUUUAUCACGUUUUUUUUAACAAGCAUUUUUAUUUAGUUUCACCUGUCCCGUUGUCUGUCUGUAAUCAAAUCUUGCAAGUAAAAUUUUACUCAGCUCCCGUUUGCUUUUUUUAAAAUUAAUUUCAUUAAAAAACAUACUGCAUAAAUAAAAUAAAUAAUUAAUUAUAAUUGCAUAAGUUGAUAAAAAAUGCUAUGCAAUAGCUUCACCGCGGCAGUCCCCGAGUGCCACACGCCUUUUUGUUAUAAUAUACCUAUGUACAAAUAGAAGUAAAAUAUAUCUAAGUAAA